AUGUCCCAAGAUAAUAUCAAAACUUCCUUAUACUUGCAUAAAAAUGACUCAUCACUGUCGUCAUUACCUUCACAGAGAAUGCCGGUUCAAGUUUCUAGUGUUGGUUUCAACACCCUAAAAAAGCAACCUACCAAUGUCUCCGUGUCGUCCGAUGCUACUACUAUCAACACUCUGAAAUCAAACUCAUUGGCAAGAUUUUUCACGAGAAAUAGAUCCUCCUCUACCAUAAAUGAGGGCAGUGAUGUGGUUCUGACACUAGAUCUACCCGGCUCUGUUAUCGGAGACGAUACGUCUUCGUCUCAUAAAGGACUUUUCAAACUUUCACGGAAGCAGCCCAAGUUUAAAAUAACAAACAAGUCCAUGUCCAAACCAGACCUCACAAUUCAAACCACGGGACACCAUGCAUUGAAAGUGCCAAAAAAGUUGUUGAGCUCAUCAAGUGUUGACGAAUACGGUAAGAAAACAGCCCCGUCGCCAAUUUCCUUAAACCAUAUUUUUCAUCGUCCACACGGACAGUCCAAAGCAGAUUCAAUCAAACUACAAGAAGAUGGAUCCAGUACUACUAAGCUGUUCAACUCUUUACCUCAUAGGACGUCUGUCAGUUUAUCAUCGCAGAGUUCCAAUUCAUUUGUAUCCGAUCUAAAUUCUGCCAUCUUGUUCAACUUUACAGAUCCCAAUUUCAUGGUGAAUUCUGCUGAUGGAAACACAGACCUUCCAGCAAUUCUGGAAAUACACAGGAAGUACCUGGUUUCUACAGAUCAAUUUAUGCAAUCCAAAUUGCACAGAGGCAUGAUGGAUUCACCGAAUCCUCUGAACGCAGAACAGGAGAAACAUUUCACGGACGAUGAUCUACCUUUGACUCCCAUCGAGAGCGAGAAGAAGUAUUCCCAGAUAUUUUCUGACUUGUUUGCAAUGAUGCACACGCUUUUCAUACCAUCAUCACAAACGACGUUAUCUAAUGGACGAACAGCCCCUCAACUUCCAUUAACGAUGGAACAUGCCGCAAAUUUUGUACGCCAAAAGCUUGUGAAGAAUCUUUUGAAGGAACAAGAAAUGGAGUCACUCAGACGUACAGAGAAGGGCAGAAGCUCCCUUAUUGUAGCGAUCGAUGACGAUUCUUCCCUCAAGGAGAACAUAAAUGACGCCGUGGAGCUAAAAAAAAAAGAGUUGAUCCAGGAGCUCUGCAAGUUUUUUGAAAAGUGCUGCUCAACUAUUGCCAAGGAUAAAGGGUUCAAUAGCUCAGUGAAUGAAACGAGCGGGAAGAGAUUUUCAGAGACAAUGAUCACUCGUACUCAAUCACAAAACCAAAAUACUAAAGGAUUGAAACUUAAUGAAUUUUUGCAUGAAUGGGAAAUAAUCAGCGAUACAUGGCAAUACUUUAACAAAUCUGUGAGAUACUAUCUACUUAACGUUUUCUACCCCUUACAAUUGUUUCUUAAUGAGGAAGAAAACCAAAAUGGAAAAAAGGGCACAAACCAAAUCAGGGUUGAAAGUCUUCUUUUGAAGGCUUUCCGCGAUGCUGUGAUCAUGCCUCAUUUAAACCACAGAGGCUCCGAAAUUUCAAAAUCGCCAUUUCCUAUGGAGACCACGAAAACCAGGACAAUACCAUCCUCUUUAUAUCCAGAAGAAAAAACAUACUUUCAAAGUCGACCGGAUGUGUUUAAAACGUUGAAGAAGUGUUUUGGGAUCAUUCGAUCUCAUCUGAAGCUUGCAUCAGGUAAUUCUGAGGAUCAGCUGGUAGAGGAACUCGCGUUCGAGGAGUUCGUGCAUGGGUUCAAUUUAAUAUCGCGCUGA